GUUGGAUACCCUCUGGGUUCUGAUGGGUGGUUAGAAGCCGAAGUUAAAGGGAUUACUCUUGGCUGUCGAACGCAGGAGGUUCUUGGAGUCAAGAGGGAGCACCUGACCAGCGGUGGCCUAACAUCUCUUCCCAGAGACAGCAGGUUCUAUCAAGAUACAUCAGCCCAGCUUAACUCGCCAUGGAGCCAAUGGCACUGUUGUAUUGAAGCAACAAACAGCUGAAGACUUCAGCAGCACCCUUUGUGUGCUUCGGGAAUACCGCCUUGGAUUUUGUACUGCUUGUCGUUCAAAAGGACUUUUUGUGGUCUGGGAGGAGUUUCCAGCUGCAAUUUUAUGGUUGACAUGCGUUACCCCACCACCUUUCAAUCCGGCACUUAUAACCUCUAUUCAUGGUGUUCGUCGAAACAAAGCUAAGGCCUAGGAGGACUGUCAUUUGUCGAGGAAUAACUUGGACUCAGGCCAAACAUGGCCAGAGACGUCAGUCCUCUGAGCCUCAUGCCUCUGUCUGCAAAACACCACCAAUGGGUUGGAGCCUCUCUGGGGUCUAUCCUCCCCUUCUCCCCCUUACGUUCUCUAAUUUUUUACUACUUCCUGUCAUGUGCAGCAGCAGCAGGAAGUUUGCCUGGCAUAGAAUAUGACUAUGGCAUUAGCCCUAAAUUUGUUUGCACCCCAAUUCCCCCAGAAGCAGACCCCAGCUGCUAUUCGCCACCCAGUGUGCCCCACGGACCGAGCAGUAACGGUCACACAAAUGGUCACAACGGCAGUAGCCGGCGAGGCAUGAUGUCCGAAGAGGCCAAAGCCACCAUCUUGCACCUGCGCGAGAGCCUUGUGAGGCAAAAGGAGACCAUCCUGGACCAGCGGGAGACCAUCAGGGAGCUGACCGCCAAGCUCACCUUGUGCGAGGGCUUCGGUGGCGGUCACCACGGCACCAACCACCACGACAACCACCACGACAACCAUCACGAUACCCAUCACGAUACCCAUCACGACAAUCAUCACGACGGCCACCGCGACGACCACCACGGGCCGCACAGCAGCCACCACACGCCCGCGUCGUCGCACCACGGUUCUUCGCCGUAUCACAGCAGCGAUCACCACUACUCCCACGGCGGCCACAGGUCCGACCCCCACCACAGGAAGCCCUCGACAUACGGAAAGCACAGCUCCUUCUCCCCUGAACAGACGGGCAAAACACUGCAGACACUGAAGGAGAGGCUCGAGAACUUGCAGGCCAGGAACUCCUCCAGCUCGUACUCCAGCUCGCUGAGAGAACUCCUCCAGCGGAAGAUCACCGCCCUGGAGGAGCAGCUGCACAGCUACUACAGAGAUACCCGUGACUACGGUCACCGGGACGACCACCAUGACGAUCACCACAACGUUCACCCCGACGACCACCACGGCAGCAGCCACCCUGACGACCAUCACGACGACCACCACGACGACCACCGUGGUACCGGUCACCGGGACGACCACCACGACAGCCAUCACGGCAGCCACCACGGCAGCAGCCACAGGAACAACCACCGCGGCGGUUACCAUAAUCGCCACCACGACCACCACUACGACUGGCACAACAGCCGGCAACGUGGUCACUAUGGCAACCAUCACAGCACCCACCAUUACGAUGACCACCACCACGACGAUCACCACGACUAUCACCCUGAGGAUCACCACGACGAUCACCACGACUAUCACCACGGGCCUGGACACCACGAUGACCACCAUGAGGAUCACCAUGACAAUCACCACGGCAACGACCACCAUGAAAGCCGCCACGGGAUCGAUCACAGCCCACGGCGGGUGCUUUCCAGCGGCAAAGAGACGAAUCUGCGCGGCGUGGGGCACGGCAAGCUGGAAACAGUGCUCAGCCAGCUGCACCAUGGCAACACUGACUCUGGAGUCCACAAGAAGUUGAAGAGUCCCAACGCUUUCCUGCUCGACUUCCCCAUGAAGACCAAUUACAUGUACGCCAGGAUGAAGCGGUCAGUGGUCAACGAAAUCUUCGCAAUGACCAUCUGCCUGCGGCUGAAGGCCGGAGCAGGUCCUGGCCUCGGUACUCCCUUCUCCUACGCUGUACCUGGACAAGCCAAUGAGCUGGUGCUCAUCGAAUGGGGCAGCAACCCAAUGGAGCUGCUAAUCAACGACAAGGCGGUGGCAAUGCCAAUAACCAUGACAGAUGGGAAGUGGCAUCAUGUGUGUAUGACGUGGACGACACGAGACGGUGUCUGGGAGGCCUACCAGGACGGGGUGAAGAAAGGCUCGGGACAAAACCUGUCAGCCUGGCACCCCAUUAAACCAGGAGGGACCUUCAUCCUGGGCCAGGAGCAGGACACAGUGGGAGGCCGCUUCGACGUCACUCAGUCCUUCAUGGGAGAGUUGUCUGAUCUCCAGUUCUGGUCCAGAGUCCUGACGCCCAACGAGAUCUACAGCCAGGCCACCUGCGGAGGCCACCUCAUUGGUGAUGUCAUGUCCUGGUUGGAGGAAUCAGUGGAGCUCCACGGAGGGCUCACCGAGGUGCCCUUUGACCCCUGCCACUAAGGACUGACACUGGACCCCAACACCGAGAGCCGUAGCAUCAUCAUCCCAACAUAUUUCAAUUACAUGCCCCCCCCGUCAAAAAUAGUUGGAGAGUGGGAAAAUGCUAUUUUGUCACGGAUCAAAGAUGGGGGAAUGAUUAAUUUCAUUGCUUGCUCAGGUUGCAAGCUCAGCCAUGGGCAACAGGCAGAGCAGGAGGAGUUCUUUUGCUUUUUCUAUAUAUUUUUGCCAUUCCUGUCUGAUCUUUCUGCCUUCUCCACCUACACGCUCACUUCUUCGCUCUGACGCUCUCAGCAGGAUGACUUUGAAGGCUCCAAAGAGCGCAGGGCUUUGGAUUUACUGGCUGUGUGGUCAUGACUAUGGCUGAAUCUCAGGGAUCCAACACACAUAAUAGGAUUUCAUUCCAUCGGAACAGGUCCAAAGGUUGCUUGUUGCCAUUAGCUCCCCAUGCACUAGCUUGUUUUGUUUGGUAUGUGAGCAACAUGAGGUGAAAGAGUGGUGAAAAGCCCCAGAAUACAAAUGAAGCCGCACUGAGACCUGAACCGUGAUGAUUCAUCCAUGUUGCUAGAGUACAGACAAUCGAAUAUCUGCUCAUUGUUUUGUCGAGACAAAGGAAUAAUGUUGUUUCGGGGUGUUUUUUACAAUGUUGGUCAAAUUUGGCACAAGCUACUGUUGUUGAUUUUGCACGUUGAGAUUGUUGACUGUUUUGUACUAGUAUUUCAUAUUGAAAACUCUACUUUUUUUGUAGACAGAAAACUGCUUUCGUGGCAUUCAGAAAAACAAACUGUAUCCAUGUAUGAUGUGUUCUUUAUAACCGUGAGAUUACAUUUUGUCGAUUCAGGAAUGAGAAUGACGUUUUGUUUCUUUGUUCAAAAGUCGGCCGUUGCAUAAGAGCACCGCGGGCGGCUCAAUGUCAGACAUGACAGGCCACCUGGCUCCACGGUCGCGGUGUUAACCGUCCCUCAACAUGUCACCGCGGUAAUGCUUAUGUCUCCUCGGCAACCGGUGGCUUACAGCUGGAUUUACCUAUGGACAACUGAUCUGAUCCUGCCUAUUUCGGACCAGCUCAAAACCCAUGGCAGAGUCAGACACACUCACACACACUCUGCAUACACUUAGAGAAGAUAAAGAGGUGAAAGGAGACUUUGUUGAUCUCUGUUUGUAGCGGCACCUUUACGUUUUUUUAAGAAGAGGCUUUUUGUACAUGUAAAUUACAUCAGAUAGUCUGUUUUUAAUUACUAAAAACAUGUAUUGUGGCAUUUCUCACAUUGUAAAUAAGUAAAUAAGUACAUAGCACUUUCUCAACCCAAUGUUAACCCUGAGGUUGUUUAAGAGCAACUUUUUGGAAGUAAACUGUUUAUUAUUCGUUUAUCAUAACCCUAUCCCCUCUGAGUUAAACUCAAAGGGGUUGAACUCUUUUUAUUGAUAGUCAAAACAAAAUGGGGUAUUUUGUUGUUGCCAUGGUAAUAGAAUCUCUCAGCAUCAGGACCACAUCAUCGCACUACAGCUGUGAAUAUCUACAAAAUGUUUCUUCGACUGUAACGCCAAGACGAGCAGCAUUUUUAAAACAUGCUCCUGUUUUCCUCUCAUGGUAGUGGGCCAAAUGCAUGUGACAUUUGUUUCAUAUGUUGCUUCUUCUGUCUAAUGUUCUAUAGACAUCAGUUUAAACACCCCCUCCUUCGACCGAACUGUGUAGUGUUAGGCUGAAUGAAAAAAUAACUUGCUUAUUCUCGCCUUUGGUGUACACUUUAAUGUUUAUUAGUUGUUUUUUUUAUGUUUAUUCUUGUCUCUUUGGCUGUAAAUAUUCAAAGUAUUGCAGUGUGUUCAGGCAACAGUCCCUCCCUCAUGUGUAAGCCAAAACUAUAAACUGAAUUGUAAAACUUGAAAGAGGAAGAAAAUCCACUGUAAAUGCUGUCAAAUAUUUGUAAAGAUGUGAGGAUUUUGAUUAAAACUAUUUAAAAUAUGUUAUGAAUUCAAA